AAAAAAAAAAAAAAAAAAAAAAAUUUAAUAAUUCAUUCAUCAUAUUAUAAUUAACGUAAUGGCUCAAUCUCCUCCUAAUGAAAUCUUACAAGAGAUUUUUAAGUAUAUUGUUAAUGAUAUUGAUCAUUUACAUUCGUGUCUUUUGGUCAAUAAAAUUUGGUGUUCUAAUGUCGUUCCAAUUUUAUGGAAUCGUCCUUUUCAUUUAUUAUUACUUCAUAAUAAUCAUUUAUCUCAUCAAAUAAUUUCUACUUAUCUCUCUUGUUUGGAUAAAGAUGAAAGAUCUAAAUUAGAUCUAAAUGGAAUUACAAGAUCUUUAUCUUCUUCUUCCUCUUGUUCUUCCGAUUCUUCCUUUUCUUUCUCCCCUUCUUCCUCCAAUUUUGAAUUACCUUUAUCUUCAUAUCCUAUAAUUCCUUCUCGUCCUCCAACUCAUAAUUAUCCUUCUUUCUUACGUCAUUUAUCAUAUUUCUCUUUUGUGGCUUCUAUACAAGAAUGGUGCGCUGUACAUAAUAAUUGGAAUCCUUAUGCUAUACGUAAAAUUGUUCAAGCUUUAUUCCGUCUUUUCGCGAAAUUUUCUCCAAGUUUAGAAACUUUGGUUUUUGUGAUGGAUAUGGAUAAUAUUACAAAUGGUUUAAUGUUAUUUGAUGAUAAUUAUCAUGAUUUUAAUGGUACCCUUGUUACAAAAAGAAAUUUAUCCAUCUUACGUGAAUCUAUCGUACGUAAUUGGAUUUCACAUAUUAAAGAAAUUGAAUUGGCUGGAGAUUUUGUUAUUGAUCAAAAUUUUCCCGUUUUGUUGACAAUUUGUAAAGAUUUGAAAAAAAUGGAAAUCAGGUUACCUGAUUUUGAAUACGAUGAAGAUGGAAAACAUUAUGACUCCAGCGUAGAAAUGUCUGCUAGAUUCAUUGAAUUACAAAGAGAUCUUAAACAUUUUACUCUUCGUGAAUCACAUUAUCCAAGAGCCAUUGGAGUCGCUUUAAAACGUCAAAAAUCUUCUUUACGUCAUGUAGAAUUCAUUGACACCGUAUUUGAUGAAUGGUGCCCAUUGGAUUGGAUUCCAUAUUGUAAACGAUUGGAAUCUUUAACUUUUAUUGAUUCUGAAAUGUUAAUUGCAAAGAUUUUAACUCCACUUCGAUUAUCACCUUUAACUCAACUUAAAUCUUUGACAUUUAAAGAAGAUCCUGUUCCAAUUGAUAUUUUAGAAACUCUUAUUCAUUCAUGUAAUAUCAAUUUAAGAGAGAUCGUAUUUGGUUGGCCAUUGGUCGUAAUGAAAUUCCUGAAUUAUUUCUCAUAUUAAGUAAUUGUAGACAUUUACAACGUUUAGAGAUUUAUGGUAAUGGAUGUUUGUUAGACGUUAAUGAAAUUUUACCUGAAUUGGGUAAAUAUCUUCCUCCUACAUUAGGUGAAUUGGAUAUUGGAGCGAGAUGGAGAUUUAGAUCCGAUAUUUUGGCCCGUUUCUUUGGAAAUUCCAAACAUGUUCCUUUAUACAAAUUUGUUAUUCAAAUUUGUGACUUUAUUAAUGAAGAACAUCUUAGAGUGAUCGUAAGACAUUCUAUGAGUUCUUUAAAAUAUUUUACUUUUUGGGAUAGAAAUUUUUCUGUUACUCAAGAGGGAAUGGUGAAGGCAAGCGAAUGGUUGAGGAAAUCAGUCGCUUAAUUUUUUUUUUAUAUAUAUAUAAAGGUUUUUUUGGGUUUAUGG